AUGGAUAAUAAUAGUUCAAUGAUGCAACAACGUAGAUCAUCGAUUAAACUUUAUACUGAAUUUUCACAAAAUUAUCCAGCAGUUUAUAAUUUACCAAUACAAAUUGAUAAUAGUUCACAUUCAACUAGAUCAAUUAUUAUUCCUUCAAUGAUUACACAAUCAACGGGGAUUCAAACUAUGGAUACAGCACCUGAAGUUAGUGUACAAGUGGAUUUAUUAACACAACAAUCAGAAUUUACUCAAACCGAUUUAGAAUAUGAUAAUAAUAAUAAUUCAUCAACCACUACAUUAGAUACUACAGUUGAAUCUUCUGGUCAUUUAGACAAUUCUAAUGAUUCAUUAAGUACACUACGUGUUUAUUUAUUAAAUCAAUUACCAAUUAGUGUAUUAUUGGAUGAUACCAGUAUUAAGAAAUUACAUAAUUGUUCUAUAUGUAUGGAAAAUUAUCAUAUUGGUGAUCGUAUUAUGGGUUUACCAUGUUUUCAUAUGUUUCAUUAUAAUUGUUUAUAUGUAUGGAUUGAAAAGAAUCUUCAAUGUCCAAUGUGUAGAAUGCCAAUUUAUGAAAUUGAUUAA